ACAAAACAAAACACUCCAAUCCGUUAAUAAAUCAAACACAACAACGACUCGCACACUCGCCGCAGAUUUGGAGCACAACGCAAAGAGAGGAAACCGGCGCCAUUUCGGAUCCUCCGCAGGAGAUUACAUAUGAAAACACAACGCCAGGAGGAGCCAAAAUGGCGAACCCUGUCAUCCAGUUUCAAAACCUCCGCUUCUCAAGGCGAUCCCGCCCUUGAGUCGACAGCCAAUCAGUCUCGCAAGAUGGGUUGAGUUGAGUUUCUGCAGCCAAUGAUACGUGACGAUUACAACCAGGCACGCCUACUACUGGUGACGCGCUCAUUUCGCUUCAGAAAUUGAAACGAUUUCUUUGUUUAUAUUAGGGCUGGCAGAAGAGUGGAGUUGUUUUUGGGUUUACAGUAUUUUAGCCCCUGCUGUUUGAAAGAUUAUGUUCGGUUAAAAUGUUUCCGAAUGAUUUAUACAUUUUGUGUUCGUUUAUUACCUGCACUUAGUUCUAAAACAGAGUCCCUUUUCUGUUUUAUUUAAAAACCCAGACUGGACCGGGAAAGUUACUCCUUGCAAAAGUCAAACGAGUCUGUUUGUUUUCAUUCUUUAUCACACUAGAAGUGCUGAUUUUAUAUGAAUGUUAAUUCUCCAGUAAAUAAAUACUAAAUUAAAACCAAACUGAAACCAGUGAAGAUGGACGUCAGCGUCUCCGUGUCGUUCUUUCAAGACGAGCUCGCCUCUACCAUCGAGCACGCAGUGAAAGCGGCUGUAGACACCGUCUUGUGCCAAAUCACAAAAGUUGUCGGCGGCAAAUUCACUGAAUUCCGAAUGGAAAUGGCUGGAAAGGAGAAAGAGAAUGAAAGUCUGAAGCUGAGAUUGGAAAUAUCAGAGAGCGAGUUGAAAGCAGUGCGGGAAUGCAUGAACGCUGCAGAUGCAGACAUUAAACAACCUCUCAGAAACAUGAACCCCGACUGCAAUGAACAAGACUUUCAGAGGAACGAGAACCAGGGGUUAUUUCAAGAUCCCAAAGAGAGCCGUGCAAUGCCUAAAUCUGAAGCACAGGAGGGUCCAAGGAUAAAAGCAGUUUACACACUACAGGAGUCAUUUAACCAGGAGUGGUGUUCAAGUCUAAAGCAGGGUACAGAGCUGACAUGUGUUAAAGAUGAAGAGGUGCCUCGACUGGAAUGUGUUCCUAUUAAAGAGGAAUUCAUAGAACAGGAAUGUGUCCCCAUCGCCGAGGAAGUUCCUACUGAAAAUAAUGUCUAUACACUUGAGGAGAACAACCAGCUGGGAUCCAGCCUGUGUGAUGAUUGUCCACCUGAACGUGAACUGGGAUUUAGAGCUGCUAAAGAAAAUCACACAGGAGGGGCUCCAUUUCCCUGUGCUGACUGUGGGAAGAGUUUCAGUUAUUUAUCAAACCUUAAAAGACACCAGCGCAUUCACACAGGAGAGAAACCUCAUCACUGCACUGAGUGUGGGAGGAGCUUCACGCUGUUACAAAAUCUUAAAAUCCACCAGCGCAUUCACACAGGAGAGAAACCUCAUCACUGCUCUGUGUGUGGGAAGAGAUUCACGCAGUUACAAAAUCUGAAAACACACCAGCGUGUUCACACAGGAGUGAAACCUUAUCACUGUACUGAGUGUGGGAAGAGAUUCACGCAGUUCGGAAAUCUUCAAUCACACCAGUGCAGUCACACAGGAGAGAAGCCUUAUCACUGUGCUGAAUGCGAGAAGAGUUUCACAUAUUUAAGUUCCUUGAAAAUCCACCAGCGGACUCACAAAGAGAGAAAUCUUCUCAAUGCAGUGAAUGUCUGAAGAGUUUCAGUCACUUAAAAGACACGAUAAAACUCACAGGUGACUUCAGUCAGUUAUUGGGUCUUGAAGGACACAAGAGAAAGUCUGUAAAUGUGACUAAAAUACAGAAAUAUUUACUGAAAACAAAAGAAUAAACUUGCUUGAUAAAUAGUCUGACUCCUAAUCAUUUCAGAUAAAAAAUGUACACUCACGGGUGGAACAUAUGAACUACAACAUCUUGUUUGGACCGUUCAUCAUCUUGUAGAUCAUUCUGAUUUUGUUAUGUCACAUUAGUAAUCUAUGAAACAGAUUGUAGUGUGGAGUAGUGGUGAGGGCUCUGGACUCUUGACCGGAGAGUUGUGGGUUCAAUCCCAGGUGGAGGACACUGCUGCUGUACCCUUGAGCAAGGUACUUUACCUAGAUUGCUCCAGUAAAAACCCAACUGUAUAAAUGGGGAAUUGUAUGUAAAAAAUAAUGUGAUAUCUUGUAACAAUUGUAAGUCGCCCUGGAUAAGGGCGUCUGCUAAGAAAUAAAUAAUUGUAAUUGUGUCUGCAGGAUUCCACUUGUGUCAUGCAUUGCUGACUCUUAGUUUGAACAGUAGGAUUAUUAUAUGUAAUUCCCCA